GUGCAUGCUUUAAGCAACUUGCAUUGUAAAACAUGUGCAAUGCUGUAUGUUUAUAGCACACACACAGAAAAGUGUAACAUUUUGCAACUCAUACGUUUGGACAAGAAAUUCUAGUUAGCUAGCUAGGUAACGGUAUCCCAAAGACUUGGCUAGCUCGUUAGCCUUACUCUAGUACCGACAUUUCCUAUGGCUAAAAAUGGCGAAAUGCCUCAUUCUAGACUGGUGAAACCAGUCUGAUCGCUAAGUUCACCAUUCUUUAAACAUCACUUAUCUACAGGGUGUCUGUAAAAAAGUCUAAUUCUUUAUAGAAUUUUACCUCGUUUUUAUCCUACAAUUCAAUGUUGCAGCCCUCUAAAGGUGUCUCAUUUGCAAAGUUAGUUUAGUAAAACCAUUAUAACUAAUAUGCCAUUAAGCAGACGCUUUUAUCCAUAACUCAUUGGUUGAUAUUGUAAUAUGUCAAUGUUUUGCAAAGCCCCAUAAUGACUAUCAUUCAGUUUAAACCAAUGAGAUAGGCCUAUUUUAUAACAGUAAUGGGGUUUAUGUUAAACUAAUUAACACUUAGUAACUGUUUUAGUCUGCUUAUAUACACACCCUUAAAGAGAUUCUCCCGUACUUUUUUAUACAUUUUAGCCAGUAGUUCUGAAAAUGGCACUCGAGCCAAAAGUGGUCCCUGAAAAUGGCAUACUAUGUCACCUGUGAAGAUAUGUGCACCAUGCCAUUGGCCUCUCUCUUGCUCUGCUGUGUGUGGAUCUUACUAGCUGUCACUCAAAUGGCUAGUGGCCGAAGCUCAUUGGCUGAAACUCGAAUUGCUAGGGGGCUGACCCACGUGGGGGAAAGUGUAAGGAAAAUUGCGCCGCACAUAUUCCAGAAAACAGACGCUUUCAAACUAUGGAUUUUGUGGCAAAACAUUACUUCUUCUCAUAGAUUAUGGAUGUAUGAACUAUACAUUGACACCCAGCCCAAUAUGGGAGUAUUUCUUAAACCUAACUAGUCGCCAAUAUGUACAUGUUAGUAAUUUAGCAGAUGCUCUCAUCCAGAGCGACUUACUGUAGUACUAAUGAGUGCAUACAUUUGUUUUACUUUUUCAUACUGGUCCCCCAUUGGAAUGGAACCCACAACCCUGGCAUUGUAAACGCCAUGCUCUACCAACUGAGCCCACAGGACAUGUCUUUAAUAAAGGGGGAAGAGCAGAGAGCCACGGAGCCAGCCCAGCCUCUGACCGUCUUGGUGACAGCCACUUACUGAAGGACUAAACUUUUUGGGAGUCUCCUCAUCUGACCGUGCUGACUUGUUUGUUAUUGUUGGUUUGGAGGGAAUGCAUAUAUCCUCUGUUUGCUCUAUAACUGGUUUUGAGGACACAUUAAGGAAAGGAUCCAAACGAAUGGGAAUGCGGCAGCGCCAAACUCUCACAAUGCGGGCAGAGUGAAGGGGCAGGACACAAUACCAUUCCACGGACUGUGGGGUUAUUCGCUACAAUCUUUCCGUUGAGUAUUCUUCCAGACGAAAUAUUAUAGUUACAAUUUUUUUCCUGAUUACUUCUUUAACCCAGUAUUGCGAAGUCUAGUGUUGUUGAGUAGAAGAACCAGCCAUGACGUCUCCGGCCAAAUUCAGAAAGGACAAGGAGAUCGUAGCCGAAUAUGAAACUCAAGUUAAAGAGAUCCGGGCCCAGCUGGUGGAGCAGUUGAAGUGUCUGGACCAGCAGUGUGAGCUGAGGGUGCAGCUGCUGCAGGACCUGCAGGACUUCUUCAGGAAGAAGGCAGAGGUAGAGAUGGACUACAGCCGUAACCUGGAGAAACUGUCUGAGAGGUUUCUUACGAAGACACGCAGCACCAAGGACCACCAGCUCAAGAAGGAGCAGAGUGUUCUAUCUCCAGUUAACUGCUGGAACCUGUUGUUGAGUCAGGUGAAGAGGGACAGCCGAGACCAUGCUACCCUGUCUGACCUCUACCUCAACAACAUCAUACCGCGCUUCGCCCAGGUCAGCGAGGACUCCGGACGACUCUUCAAAAAGAGUAAGGAGGUUGGUGUCCAGCUUCAGGAGGAUCUGAUGAAGGUUCUGAACGAGCUCUACGCGGUGAUGAAGACAUACCACAUGUACAACACAGACAGUAUCAACUCUGAGAACAAACUGAAGGAUGCAGAGAAACAGGAGGAGAAGCAGAUGGGGCGCUCUGGUCGACAGGACGACAGACAGACUCCCAGGUCACCUGACACACUGGCCAGCAUCAAGACGGAGGAGAAACAUGUCCGACGCUCCUCAGUCAAGAAGAUAGAGAAGAUGAAGGAGAAGAGGCAGGCUAAGUACACAGAGAACAAGCUGAAAGCAAUCAAGGCGAGGAAUGAGUACCUGCUGGCUCUGGAGGCUACGAACAGCUGUGUCUUCAAAUACUACAUCCACGACCUGUCUGAUAUCAUCGACUGCUGUGACCUGGGCUACCAUGCCAGUCUCCACCGUGCGUUGCGGACCUACCUGUCAGCCGAGAUGAACGUGGAGGCGUCUAAACACAGUGGGCUGGAGGGCCUGGAGGGGGCAGCAGAGAGCCUGGAGCCCAACGGGGACAAGCAGAGACUGAUGGAGACCUACAACAACGUCUUCUGUCCCCCCAUGCGCUUCGACUUCCAGUCACACAUGGGAGACACGGUACGGGGGAUGGGGGUAGUAUGUGCCCAGCAGCCGUUAGAAGGGGAGUUACUCCAGAGGUGUCAGCAGCUGCAGUCCCGUCUCUCCACCCUCAAGAUUGAGAAUGAGGAGGUGAAGAAGACUAUGGAGGCCACUCUGUCAACCAUCCAGGACAUGGUCACCGUGGAGGACUAUGAGGUCAGCGAGUGUUUCCACCACAGCAACUCCAUGGAGUCGGUCAAGUCCACCAUGAGCCAAUCAUUCCUCAGCAAACCCAGCCUGGCCAAGAGACGGGCCAAUCAACAGGAAACGGAGCAGUUCUACUUCACGAAACUGAAGGAGUUUCUGGAGGGGCGGAACCUGAUCACCAAACUGGAGGCCAAACAUGACUUGAUCCAGAAGACCCUGGGAGAGAGUCAGAAGACUGACUGUUGCCUUGCCAGUGACAGGAGGAACUCUGCACUACGGAAUCAGGAGGCUGGCCAGGUCAUCCCUCUGAUGGUGGAGAGCUGUAUCCGCUUCAUCAGUCGCCAUGGUCUGCACCAUGAGGGCAUCUUCAGAGUGUCUGGCUCUCAGGUGGAGGUCAAUGACAUCAAGAACGCCUUUGAGAGAGGUGAGGACCCGUUGGCAGGAGAUCAGAAUGAUCAUGACAUGGACUCCAUCGCUGGCGUUCUAAAGCUCUACUUCAGAGGACUGGACCACGCCCUCUUCCCCAAGGAAGUCUUCCAUGACAUCAUAUCCUGUGUCUCAAUGGAGAACCUGCAGGAGAGGGCUGUCCACAUCAGGAAGGUUCUGCUGACUCUGCCCAGCAACACUCUCAUCAUCAUGAGAUACCUGUUCGCCUUCCUCAACCACCUGUCCCGGUACAGUGAGGACAACAUGAUGGAUCCCUAUAACCUGGCCAUCUGUUUUGGUCCCACUCUGAUGUCAGUCCCAGAGAGCUGUGACCAGGUGUCCUGCCAGGCCCACGUUAACGAGCUCAUCAAGACCAUCAUCAUCCUCCCCGACGGGGUCUUCCCCGGACCAGGGGACCUGCAGGGGCCUGUCUACACCUGCCCAGGGGUCACCGACGAGUACUGUGAGCCCCCCCUAGUGGAAGAACCUGCUCCUGACACCAUCUCUGUCAUCCACAACAGCGAUGAUGGCUUGUUGGUCGUUUCAGAAUCUGACCCAAUAGCGGCCAUCGCUCGCUUCGACUACUCUGGACGGACCAACCGGGAGCUGUCGUUUAAUAAGGGCGCGCCUCUCCUCCUUUUCCAGCGAGUCAGUGAUGACUGGUGGGAGGGCCAACACAACGGAGUAGACGGACUGGUGCCUCACCAGUACAUAGUGGUUCAGGACAUGACGGACGGGGACAGAAACAGUCCUAAGACUGAAGCGGAGUUGCAGGAAGAGAGAGUGUCCACUAGGGGCACCGCUGCCUCUCCCACUGGAGCUCACGUAGCUGACGCCUACCUGGCCAACCUCAACAAGAUGAGGAAGAAGCCGGAGUUGGGGAGUAUCCGUAGAACCUUCCGGGUCUCUGAGGGAGGACAUGGGAGUGACGUACCCCCAACGGGGGCGACUGGCGGGGGUGUGAGGACGGCCAGUCUGCCUGUGGGAGGGGCUCUGGUGAAAGAGGGCGGGGACAAACGACCGGUCAGCGCCCACAGUGUCCUCAACUCCUCCAUCACACGCCACUCCUCUCUCAAGACCAAGGUGGAAAGUCCUCAGUUCCGCAAAGCGACCACAGCGGGGCGCUCUAAGAGCUUCAGCAACCACAGACCGCUGGACCCUGAGGUCAUCACUCAGCUGGAGCCCACCUCACAGGAUAUCGAGGCGGCUAUGAGCUCUGCUCUGAGAGAGCUGAGAGAGCUGGAGAGGCAGAGCAGUGUCCAGCACACACACACCCCUGACGUGGUGCUGGACACUCUGGAGCAGGUGAAGGGUGUGUGUGGUGGCGGAGGAGGGGGCGCAUCAGAACCCUCCAGUCCCCUCCACUCCCGUCUGCUGAGGGACAGCGACGGCGCAGGAUCUCCACACUCACACCCUCUCCAACGCAGCGCUUCGUCCGCUAGCGACAUCCCCUACUCCUCCCCUACUUCCUCCUUCCGCCCGUCCUAUCCCAGGAGCCCGCUGCCCUCCUCUCUUGCCUCCUCAGCCCUCUCUUUCUCCACUCCCUCCUUCCGAGAGCCUCGUCCUCCAGCCACGCGGCCCAAGCCGGUGGUCUUCCCCAAGGGAGGAGGAAGCAGCAGUCCGGCUAUGGGGUCCCCAACCUCCACUGUCCCCCCUCCUCCCCCACCCCCACCCCAGCCCAACGACAAGUCCUGCCCCGCCUGAGGAGUGACAUCACACACGCUCCCCUUCCAUACACAAACCACUGCCCCCAUCUCCCCUGACCCAAUGACAGGUGGGAUAGCUCUCACCUAGGAUCAGCUUACCCUCCCAAACUCAAAGCAUUAUGGGAGUUAGACUGUAUAAAGCCUCCAUGACUCAAACAAGGGAUCAAAACGAACAUACAGCAUGACAAUAAAGAGAUAUGGAACCUGUGCUGUAUAUACUGGUGUGAGGUGUGUGUGCAGGCGAACUUGUGUGAGGCGUGUGUGUGUGUGUGUGUGUGUGUGUGUGUGUGUGUGUGUGUGUGUGUGUGUGUGUGUGUGUGUGUGUG